UUAACACAAUUGUACUCCACACCAUUGUACAUAAAUCAACUGUACAGUGUCAGUGCACCAAUAUUUAUGAUGGCAAGGCAACUGGAAUGGCACACUGUUAUCUGGCUGUACCUUAUCGUGAUGAUAUCGGCCGACUACCAGUGUGUCUGCAACUAUAGCAAAUAUGGAGUUCCAGUUUACCAAAAUACAACCAGAACUUCAGUCCUACUCGGGAUUAUGGACGUCAAUGACUGUAAACAGUAUCUUUACCCUAUAAGCGAACAAUCGACUGCGUUCAAUGCAAUUAUGUUUAGGCAUCAGAUUGCAUUUGUGAUGGAUAUUUACAUAAAGAAAUUAAAUUGUCAUGGAACACCUCCACUUAAGGACAUUGUAACUAUCUCAACCAUGCAACCGACUGUUAUGGUAUCACGUUUGACAUCCCGUUCGUCUGGACAAGCUAGUACAAAGACAAAUGCAGUUACAAAAUCUUUAAAUGUGACAGCCAUACCUGUAUCACUGCGACAAUCCAGUCAAACGUUAUCAACAAAGUCUAGUUUUAUGAACAAAACAAUGUCCUCUUCUACAACAAGAAGUGUUUUUACAACAAAACCAACAAGUACCACAUCUACAACCAUGCCUACAUCACUGUCUACUAUAUGGUUGAAUUCGUUUGCACCUCUGGCUACACUGGAUCCAACCUUAGAACAAGGACACAUUGAAUUGUGCCCCAACCGAAUACAACACCUUGCUACGCAGCCCAGAGAACUCGUAACACAGUUAGGAAAAAACUGCUACGAGGUUGUUCAGACAGGAGUAUCCUGGUUUCAUGCUGAAACAAACUGUAGAAUUAAUGGAGGGCACCUCAUACAUAUUGCUAACCAAAAGGAGCAAGACUUUAUCUACAGUUUUCUUGUAAAACAUCAUAGUCAUACUGUAUGGUUAGGUCUGCACGACAUAAAUCGAGAAGAACGUUUUGAGUGGACAUCAGGUAACAAAAUAACAUACACAAACUGGAAGCCUGGUCGAAAAGAUUACAGGUAUCACAAUGCCGAGGACUGUGUUUAUAUGACACCCUCAAAUGGAAUGUGGGAUGAUGUUAAGUGUGGUGGUAAUAAUUCCUUGUUAGAACUGUUUGGGACACGUAAUGCGUAUAUAUGUCAAUAUGCAGCUAGUACAAAGACAAAUGCGGUUACAAAACCUUUAAAUGUGACAACAAUACCUGUAUCACUAGGACAAAGCAACAAAACGUUAUCAACAAUAACACAGACUAGUUUUAGAAUCACGAAAAAGUCCCCUUCUACGACAAGAAAGGGUUUUACAAUGAAACCAACAAAUAUCACUUCUACAACAAUGUCUACAUCACCAUCUACUAUAUGGCUGAAUUCGUUUGCACCACUGGCUACUCUGGAUCCGACCUUAGCACAAGGCAAUUUACAUUUGUGUCCUUAUAAACUACAUCAGAUAAUUAAGAUAGACAGAGGAAUUCUCGGACAGUAUGAUCUCAGUUGUUAUGAAAUUGUUCCAAACGCUAGGGUUGCUUGGCAGCAUGCUGAGGACAUUUGUCAAACCAGGGGAGGCCACCUUGCUUACAUAAGUAAUAAACAAGAACAAGCGUUUCUUCAAGGUUUUCUUAACAGAUAUUCGCCGAGUCAUGCAGUUUGGAUUGGCCUUUCAGACCACAAUUCAGAGGGACAAUUUAAAUGGACAUCAGGAGCUCCUGUGCAGUUUACAAAUUGGAUUACGGGUCAUUUGUCCAAUUAUGUUAGUUCUAGCCAAGAAGACUGUGUUGCAUUUAUACCAUAUAAAAGCGGGCAAUGGGAUGAUAUUCCAUGCGGCAGUACACACCAUUCAGUUAACGGAAUAUCCUCAUCGGGGGAAUCACAUCCUCCAUUAUGUCAAUACCGUAUUUCAACUGCUGGACCAUCGCUGAUUGGAUAGAAGCAAGCUGAUGUGCAUUUGUGGUAGAGUUUUAAUCAUUACGUUACAAAUUACAUAUAUAUAAUAAAACCCGGAAAAAAAAUAA